AGCAAGCAACACAAAGGCAGCAUCUUAGUGAAUGGUGACGAACCAAAGAAAUUGUCAUUUGAACCUGAACCAAGUAGUUCAUCACAAGGGUAUGUCAACUUUUUUGUAUCCUUUAGCUACACGCAGCUGUGCAAAUAUUUCUGAUCUUAAUUUUGAACUUUGAGUCUUGGUAACAGUGUUAGGCAGUUGUUUAAAAGGAGAGUGAUACAUGUAGCUUGGCAACUGUAAUAGUCACACAUGAAAACUUUCUCAAGGAUUUCCUAGAUUAUUGCUGUGCCAUCACUGCUUGUGUGAUAGCAUGGACUACAGGCUCCUUGAAAAAAAUAAAUACCAGGAGUUUUGAGCCUACAGUUACUUUUCUGAAAUGACAAUGUGACUAUCACGAAGCUCGUCAACUGAAGCACUGAAAAGUCUAGAUUUGAAGUCACUGUCCACAAGAAGGUUUUUUCAUCGCUGCAUUGCAAUCCACAAGUGUCUUAUUGGAGAAACCGAUUUCAGCUUUAAUUUUACUAAAAGUCAAGCUGUUCAUUCAUAUAAUACAAGACGCUCUAAUGAUAUUCGCUUACCCCUACCCAGAACAAACUGGGGUAAACAAACUUUUAUUUUUCACGCCGCGAAAGACUGGAACAGCCUUCCAAAUGAUUUAAAAGAGUGUAAUAUUUUAUCUAUUUUUAAAUCCAAGUUAAAAACUUUUUUAAAAGAUCUCAGCUAAUUUUAAACCUUGAUGUUUUUUUUUUUGUAUAAUCGAUUUUAAGAUUUUAAAUUUUUAAAUUUGUUUUACUUGUAAACAUAUUUUACUUUUUUCGUAAUUAUUAAUUAAUUAGUUAGAUUAAUGCAUGAGGGCCCCACUGAAAACCGCCUUGGCGAGUUGGGCUCCCUCUAUAAAUAUUAUUAUUAUUAUUAUUAUUAUUAUUAUUAUCAAAAAAGUAACAGGCUUAUUGAGAAAUGGAGCAAGUUGGAAUAGACGAUUAUUAUUUAUUACAUCUGAAGGAACCUGAAUAAAAACUUUGCUGGAGACAUGAUGGUUACUGUCAAUUUUAUGGUUACCUAAGGUCUCCAGUGACAAAAAAAAUACCAGGAGUCUUAAGCCUACAGUUACUUUUCUGAAAUGACAACGUGACUGUCAAAAAAGUUACAGGCUUAUUGAGAAAUGUAGCAAGUUGGAAUAGACAAUUAUUGUUUAUUACAUCUGAAGGAACCUGAAUAAAGACUUUGCUGGAGACAUUAUGGUUGCUGUCAAUUUUAUGGUUACCUAAGGUCUCCGGUGACGAAAACAGACUGCUGUCAUUGUCAUCAUAUACAUGUACCAUAUUUUGUUGUCAAUGAGGUUCAUUUAACUGCAUUACACUUAGUAGACUUAUUACUUGACUAUACCCUUAGCUCUUCAGAGACACAGCCACAUCCAGGAGGUAAUCAUAAAGAACUAAAUUUGUCUUGGAAGAAAUUACACACUGGAAAAAGCAAAGGGACAAAUACCUUACUCGCUGGACCAAAGGUAAUAAACAACACUUUAUUUUAGAAGACAUAGUAUGGAAGUGGUGAAGGAGUCAUAGAACACCUUGCUUCCGUCACUGUUUGUUUGUUCCGUGGACAGUAUUUCACUUUACUUGCCAUCUACAUCCUUGUCAUCUCAGUCCCUGGUGUAAGUCUCUGAUGAUCUAAUCCUGGACUGUGCUCUUGAUUGAAAACUAUUAAGUACUAACAUGUUUUUCAGAAACGUAAUGCAUGGAUCUCAUCGUCUUUUGGUGGCUUUGGUGAAGAUUUAGUUUCACAAGGCAAGCCCAAGAAAUCAAGGCAACUGCAAGGUAGCCUUGACUCCUCUUUUAGUGUAGGUAAAUGAAUGGCAUCCUCUUGUAGUCAGUCACGUCACCAUUGUAUGUUAGCUAAGUUGUUCUUAUUAAGAGUUAUCCCACUGUUACAUUCACUCUAUUAAUUGAGCAGGUUACAGCCAGCCUGUUCAGAGAAAGGUCAGAAAAGAGGAAGAUCUUUGGUUGGACAAGUAUAGGCCAAAAUCAGAGGUACAGUAGAUUUAACCCUCAGUAUCACUCCUCAUGAUUUUGUUAUAUACAUGCAUGCACAUGUAUAUGGAAAAGUCAGGGUUUGUACGGGGUCUUGAAUUCUUAAAAAAUUCUUGAAAUGUGCCCAGCAAUUUUUCAGACCUGGAAAAAGUCUGGAAAACAGAGAUGAAGUCUUGAAAAAUGGUAAAACGUCUUGAGGGGUUUUUUUUUUUGAAAGCUCCAACAGGUGCUUUCUAAGUGAAAUUUUUUUGUUUGGUCAAAUCUUAUUCAAUCUUACCUGUACGUUUGCAGCGAAUCAUGAAAAAAGCUUUGUUCCUGCGUUUCUUUAACGUCUCUACUGGUCACCUACAAGUAUUUGAUAACUGUGAGUCUGGAAAAUGAAACUAUUGUUUUGGAAAAAGUCUGGGAAAAGUCUUGAAUUUUGGAUCCAAAAAUCUGUACAAACCCUGAAAGUACAAGUCCCCUAAAAAAUUCAAAUCUAUAUCUAAGUCCCUGGUACAGGAUAAUACUGAUGAUUCAAUGUCAAUAAAAAUGGACAUUCUGUUGAACCACAACAUCCAAUAGUCAGUUACUUGUUCAAGCAUUUAACAAGAAAAAUUAAACUUAAAAACGUUACUCGACAUUUAAAUGUAUCACACAUCUGAAGUUUGAAUAAAUUAGAUUGUAUUAAUUUGCGCAUUAUUCAAACUUCAGCUCUUUAAACAACUUUGAAACUCAACAUUUCUCACUCUUGAUAAUGAUGUGUGAUACAAAGAAAUUUAAAUCAGUGUUUUUAUGUUUAAUUUUUCUUCUUAAACCACAACAAUUUAAUUUCUUUCAGGCUGAACUUAUUGUUCAUAAGAAAAAGGUAGCCGAGGUGCGUAGCUGGCUUCUUGAUCAUUUGACAUUUAAAAAGGUGAGAAGAUAAUAAAACAUUUCAACUUAAUAGUUAAGGAAUAUUAUUAUCAUUGUAUACCAAAGAGCAGGGUUGUCAGAAUGUUUUGAAGAAGACGGCUUAUUUAGACGCUCUGAAAAGCUGUUUUCUGCAUUCUCCAGGCUAUUUUCUGUCCAAAAUUACCAAAAAUCGAAAGUGAAUUAUAAGGUGAAUUACCGAGUUUAGGAAGCACAUUAAAUUUAACUGUGAGUGACACAUAAACACUUGCUAUAGUUUUCAGCAGAUGUUUCUUAACCAGUCCAGGGAUAUUUUAUUUAAAAAACACCAUCUGUAAAGAAAUGCCAAGCAGAUUAGCCGGCCGGUACUAACCAACUAGGCGGCAAUUUUCGCUGGCAGCUGGCUACUUUCAACAACCCUGCAAAGAGGGAACAGAAAAAAGUCCCGUCCACUUUUCCUAGCUCUAGAAAAGUAGAUUUUCUUGCUGGGCAAUCGUUAACUUCUGCCAUUGUAACAAAGCCUACCAAUAACCCACAGAACCCUUGCUAACAGUGCCACCUGACUUAACACCUUAAAAUUGUCUUGUUUUGUUCUAGCAUUCCAGUGCCUUGUUACUCCUGACUGGACCAGCUGGAGCAGGCAAAACUGCAACUGUCCAUGUGUUAGCCAGUGAACUGGGACUUGAACUUCAGGAAUGGAUUAAUCCUGUCACUGAUACAUUUAAUGAAGGUAACUUAAUUGCUGUUUCCUGUUUGUCUUUAGCCCUUAGUGAAACCGAUAUGUGCAUGGCACAAGUUUUAUUUAGCCCGUAAAACUUAAGAUGCCACGCUAAAAUAGACAUCCAUUAAAAAGAGUUAUGAAAAUGGCAAUUUUCAUCAGUACUGUGAUAAAGACAUUGUCAUUGCUUGCUAUUUUCUUUUUAUCUUUCUUUAACUUUCUCCAUUUCAUCUCACACAGCCCUGAGCAAUAUCUCACUCUCACUGAUACCAUACUCUGCAAUAUUUAUUUGUACCCCUUUAAUGAGAUGACGACCAUCCCCCUUUUUAUAUGGGAGUCCCCCCUUCCUGGCAUUACAUCUUGUUUCUGGAAAAACCAAUCACUGCAGCGCCUUGCCCUGCUCAUGCACACUUCUUCUGUAAAGAUUAUUACAAAUACUGAAGCACCUAAAAAGCCAAAAUGGUCAAAUUUCCCAUUAUGGAAAGACAGGAUCAAAUAAAAUUUGCAGGAUACACCAGCGCAAACAGAGCCUCUUCGAUAAUCAUUGAUUUUUGUGCAUUUUGGCAGACAGUGGGUUCUCUAACUGGAGAGAAAACAGGCAGUCCCAAGUAAAGCAGUUUGAAGAUUUUAUUCUAAGAGCUAACAAGUAUCCCACCCUAUCAAUAUUUGGUGGAAAUGACAAUCUCACUGCUGUCAAGAAGAUUAUUUUAGUAGAGGUACUGUGAGGACAAACUGUUAUUUAAAUGCAUAUAACAUAUUAUUAACAGAAUUAGGCAAGCAUUUUAUCCCUUUAUUUUAUAAAUAAAUGUGCUUCAUGGAAUUUAGGCAGGUCUAAACUUAAGACAAUGCUGACCAUUGGUCUAUCACAGUGGGGUACUCUUGAGAAAUUGUGGGGGAGGGGGGGGGGUGGUGGUGGCAUACCUGUUGAAACCCUUAUUGUAUCUCAGACCAAAAUCUGUGAGUUUUUCCUACCCCAGCUAUUUUGGACCUGUAUCAAUUCUACAAGCUGAUCCCAGACAAACUAGAAAGCCAGCAAUUUCAGAACAAUUGGUGUCAAAGAGCAUACCCUUUAGGGCUAGGCAUACCUCAUAAUAUCACUUACAUAAUGUAGGAACCACCCCCACCCCAUCUUCCUUAGGAGCCUAUUGCCUAUAGGGUUGCCCUAGGCCUUGUGGCUUAAUACAGAGCCACAGGACUGUGUGUUCGACAACAAUCUUUCUUUAUUUUCAGGAUCUUCCAAAUAUUUUUUUCAGAGAGGUCUCAAGGCUGCAUGAGGUUUUAAGGUACUUGCACACGCGUUACUUUAGCUGACUGUUUUACUGAUGACAGUCUCUGAUAAUGUUUGAAUACUCUCAUGUCUGUACAUUCAAAGGCAAAUACAAAUAAGCACAAGGGCUACCAAAUCUUACAAUAGGGUUAGUAUAUCCUUUGUCAUGAUGAUUGCUAGUAAGUGGUGCAUCAUAGAGGCUGUGGAUUUCAAAAACUCAAAUCAAAUUUGUUUUUGUUAAAAGUUCCCUUGAUCAUGAUGGUCUAUAGUGGUACCUGUCCACUGCUGUAUUGUUUGAUUGUGGGAAUCCUCUACCUCUGGAUAUUUUAUAUUCAUUGGGGCUGAUGAUAAGAAAACAGCUGUCUAUAAACUUCAGAUGCCAUUGUAACUUUUAGGGACACUUGUUUAUUGUUUUCAUAAUUAUUUUCAACUUACAGCACCUACCAACAGACAGGUCGAAGCCCUGUUGUGUUCAUUAUCUCAGACAGCCAUCAUGGUGACUCGAAUGUGCAUAAGCUACUUCCUAAAGAUGUUCAGUAUAAACUGGGAAUUCACAAUAUCAGGUAUUUUUGUCCUGUCAGCUUGCUUGAGUCACCGGGUGGCAUGAGAGCUCAAAUUUUUACUGGUUUGUUACUUCUGAUUUGUUUCAAUUGUUUUUAAAAUGAUCUUAAUAUCUCACAAGUUCGAGAUUGUUUUGGAACUUUUCAGUUUCAAUCCUGUUGCACACACCAGCUUGGUGAAGACUCUGAACAGAAUAGCAUCACUAGAAUCUCAGCAGGUACAUUUUAGUACUGUAUAUUCAGUCAUAUUUUGAAGUCGAGUUUCACAACUGAGGACAUGUUAAUUUUAAAAAUUACUUUUCAUGAUUUGCUUGUGCAGAAUAAAUCAACAUUUUUGCCUCCAAGCAAGGAAACAAUUGAUCUGUUGGCUCAGAAUAGUGGAGGAGACAUCAGAACUGCCAUAAAUGGACUUCAGUUUUCCUGUUUAAAAGGUGAGAGAAAACUUUAUUACAACGUUAUUAUUUAACUGCACUUUGUAAAUUCCCCAGACUUUUGACAAUAAAUGAAAGACUGUAAACUGUCUCAAAAUGUAACAUUAUUAUUGUUGAACCAUGUAUUAAAAAGUGACUUAUCCAAUUUAGAUUUUCUUGAUGAGGUACAUGUUAAUGAACACUCAGUUAAAGUAUUGAGUUUGUAUGUAACCUAAAUUUAAGGUUCAUAUUAUUUCAACCUUGACAGAUAAAUCAUAUAGUUCAACGAAGAAGUUCAAACCAGGAAGAAAAGAGGAAAACAAACAAAAGAAUUCAAAUUCAAGAAAGUCAAAAACUGAAAAGACAAGCAAGGCCAGUCAGACAACCCAGUGUCUGGUUUAUGGACACACGGAUAGUACUGUAGAGUUGGAGACAGUCACACCCAUUGGUGGUCGAGACACAGCAUUGUUCUUGUUCAGAGCCUUAGGAAAAAUCUUAUAUUGUAAAAGUGAGUGUUUUGUAUUUAAUAGGGACAUGCCUCCAAAUGUUUUGCAAGGGCAAAAGAGGCUUUAAAAAUGUGCAAUUUAUAUAGAGAGAAAUGGGGUAGUUUGAAAUCCCCUGAACCCACUUUGUCUCGAACUUUCCUGACAGUUACUGACAUGUAUUUUGUACACACUGUUUUUUAGCCAUAACUUAUUUAAAAAUUUGAGGUGCAUAUUAUACAUUGCUCAGCAGUUGAUGUUCAUAUGCCCUUCUGUACAGUAAUAUCCUGAGUCAUCUAAGCUUGAACAAAACCGUUUAGAAACAAUUGCAAACUCAACGUAUCAAUCUACUUGUAGUGUCAAUUUUGAUUUUUUUUUCUUCUUUUCCUGUAGGAGAUCCAGCACUGUCUGAUGCAUCCCUGCUUCCCUCAAACUUAUCACACCAUGCAAGAAACCUCUUGACAUUCUCUCCUGAGGUAAUAUAAAAUCAAGUAAUAUAAAAGUAAUAUAAAAUCGUCCCUGGUGUCAAUUUGGGUGGGCUAUAAUUUGUUGUAACAAUCCAUAGAAUGAAGACUGAUGUACCUAAUGAAGGGAUCUAAUGCAGGGAGCUUGCAUUUGCUAACUGAUGAUGCAAGCUUUAAACUUUUAUUGUACCAGUAUUUAGUUAACAUCUCUUUUACCCCUGUAAGUCGCAAGAGCAACCAACAUUAAAUUUCUUCCAACAAUAUCUAUGCAUAAUCUACAGAAAAGGUUUUGAGAAUUGACGAAUUGAUCACCUAAUUAGGGGAAGAAAAUUUUCUAUAUUGAUCUUUAAAGAAAUCUAUUGAUCGAGAUCAGUGUGGAGAAUUUGUAUGUUGACAUUGGGGCCUUAACAAAGGGUUAACACCUACUUUGUUCAACUUGUUUGUUUGAAGUUAAUUUUUCUUUUGCUCUAUCUAGGACAUUUUGGAGAGGACUCAUCUUACAAGUGACAUGUUUAAUCUGUACCUUCAUCAAAAUUAUUUGGAAUUUUUUUCUGAUAUGGAUGAUUUGGUAGGUGCAAACUUAUACAGUCAUAUACAAGACACUUGCUUUUCUUUUCAAUGGAGUGUUAUUCGUGGUAGUUAUGGUGACAUUACCAGACUACUGACUAAUAUAAUGGUAGAAAGGCACUUCUGUUUUCUUCGUUUUCUUUUCAGGCAAGUGUUUGUGAACAUUUCAGUGGUGCAGACUUUAUGAUGAAGGAAUGGAUGGUAAUGUUCUUCAGACUUUACCCAGUACCCCACACCCCUCCAUCCCCAAACAAACUCCCUGCCUCCCAGCUAUCUCCCCAAACCUGACGACAUUUGAUUAAAACUUUUUGUUUUAAAAUGUUAUCAAUAAAUAAUUGAAAAUGACUGCCUUGGGCAUUUAUUUAUUGGCUAAUUUUUUUAUUUAUUUUUUUUUUCAUUUCAUCACAGCAUCAGUCAUCAAUGAGGGAAUACAGCUCGUGUCUGGUGGCACGAGGGUUAAUAUUUAACAAAAGCAAAACCAGCGGGGUAGGGAGAGGAUGGAGACCACUUCACAAACCACAGUGGUUUGAAAUAAGCAAAAAGGUAACCUUACUUAACUAUCAACACCCUAGAAAUGCAUGUCUUGUGUUAUUAUCUCUUUUGAAGUCCAUGUAAAGCCAUGGCAAAAUUGUAGAAAAAUUGUUCAAAGUGAACAUAAUGAAAAUCAUAGUAGAAGGGGAUCAAUAUUACUUUUUAUCUUGUCUUUGAUUUAAUUUUAGAUGCGUGAUAGUAAGAACACUGCAAGGGAUUUGUUUAGAGGUAAAAUCAAAAUAUAUUUACCAGAAUUUUUCAGCAUGUUUCUUUUCUUGAGCUUUGAAAUGGGCACAUACUGUCAAGCAAAAAAAUCAAGGGUGUCUUUGGGUGCGUUUACACUACAGAAAAAUGUGGUAAGGGCCCUCCAAUACUUAGUACAAUACCGACAAAUUUUGGAAAGAAAUAUCGGAGUUUCCACAGGGCCAUGGGUACCUAUGGCCUCGACUGGUCCAGACCAUGUUUAACCAUGUGUAAACGCACUUUUCAUCACUUUAUGGAGAUGUAGUUGGUAACAAAGUAUCACAAACACCUACCUGUAAUGUCAGCAUUUCCCACUGUACUGUCGUGAUGCCUCACACUUUAGCCUCUACAGCAUGUCUCCCUGGGAGGAGGAGACUAGAAGUGUAGGGAUAUCAUUUACACUGUUCAAUCUUGGAUAUGGUAAUUAAAACAAUAUAAGACACAUCCCUUGGUCUCCAAUAGAAUAGGGUAUCAUUACAUCUUAUGGGAAACUGAUCAGUGGUAUGGGUUUAGUUGGCCCAAAAUUACAGUCUAACACAGUCUGAUAUAGAUUAAGGGUUCCAGGAUCCCCCCCCACUGGGAUCUGUUCAACUCAUCAAGCUUCGCAUCUUAUUUUUUUUUAAGUGCCCCCACCUCACGCAGCACCUUCCUCUUUGCCCAAAUCCUCUAACCACAAAUGGGGAGGAGUCUGCCAAACACCUAGCACUUCACACCACUCAGGGACACAGGAUUUGGAGUAUUAACCUUCACCUAAACAUUUCAAUCUAGUUAUCUAACCUUGUCCACCAAUAUAUUGAUGGAUCAGGUGAUGAAAAAAAGCCUUUACAAUGUUUUGCCUUUUUAGGUUACCACUGGCCAUCCACAGUUCUUCAGACAGAGAUUCUUCCAUAUUUAGCUAUUACUGAUGUGCCACUCAGAACUCCUGGUAAGUAAUUACUUAAAAAUAUUUUUGCACACAUAUCUAAUGUUGAUUUGAUAUUUAAAUAUAUGAUAUUUGAUAUUUAAAUAUGUCCUUUUUUGUGUAUUUUAGGACAGAUUUCUUUCCUUCAAGUUAUUGGCAAUUUCACGAAAUCUAAGUCCCCAUUCAGGUUAGCUUUAUAA